AUGGAGGAAGAGGAAGCAAGCGGCAGCCACGAACCGAGCGAGAGAUUCAAGACGACGAUCCGCGGCAGCGCCCGCGCGCCCUCCACGGAGAGUGUGGUGGCGUGGUUCUCCAGUAAGAUCUACUACAAAGAGGAGCUGCUACUGGUGGAGCCGGGGCGCCUCUUUUACUGGGGGGUGCCCAACGGCAUCGACGAGCGUUUGCACAAGAUGCUGAUGCCGGUCUUCAGUCACAUUCAUCGCGAUGAUCACUGCGAACGUGCUUGCUUGCUGCACCAUGCGCGAGCCAUCGUGCGCAGAUGUGGCUAUGAUGGCAUGGCAGACUGCAGUGGCUAUGUGCGGAUGUACGUCUCGCACUUUCCGUGCAUCUCCUGUGUGGCGGUGAUUUGUCAGUUCAUCCGCUUCUUCCCAUCGGUGCGGUUUGAGCUGGACUACGACAACAUGUGGCGCACCCGUUUCGAGGAGGGGCGGCAGACUGCAGCGCCGGAGGCACAGAACGUCUUCGACGUCACCGAAGGACGUGCCGACUGA